AUCUAUCAAACAGAAUGUCGCCCUUGCCCUUGCUAUUGCUGCUGCUGCUGCAGCAAUCUUGGAAUACAGAAGCUAUUGACGAGCUCAGUGACGAAGAUAUUGCAAUUAAUGCAUCCGCAAGCCGGAGUCCUGAGGUUCAGUUGAACUUGUUGCAGGGCGAGCUUCGAAAUUGGGGUCCCAGUUUGCCCUUGGAUGUUAGCUUCUCUGCGUUGGCCGAUAUCUGUAACACCAUUAUCGAUCUGAGCAUUGUCCGACCUAGAAUCACUCCGGAUAUGUCGCGCAUGAAUUUUGUUUUGCAACUGGAUGCUUGCCGGAAUGUAAGUGUGCCCCUUACCAAUGCAGAAGAAUUGUGGACUACAUCCGGAUUCUCGCCGAAAAGACCCACUGUCAUCUUUAUCACCGGCUGGACUUCAACCAUCGAUAGGUCCAAUAGCGGACCUGUGGCCAAAGCCUUUGCCUGCCGCAAUGACACCAACUUUAUGGUGUUGGAUGCAGCAAAUUUUAUACGGACAUUCUACACGUGGUCCGCUCUCAACACAGAUGAAAUUGGACUCUAUCUGGCAAAGGCACUGCUUAAAUUGAAUCGCAGAUAUGUUACGAAUAAUGUUCAUCUGGUUGGACACAGCUUGGGGGCACAAAUAGCAGGUGCCGCGGGCAGGUAUUUCAAGGAGCUGAGCGGAUCGAUGCUGCCUCGAGUGACUGGUCUAGAUCCAGCCAAUCCCUGUUUCUAUGAUGGCAAUGCGCUGAACGGUGCCGGAAGUGGUGAUGCCAAGUAUGUGGAUCUCAUAAUUUCCAAUCCGGGCGUUCUUGGUACCUCAGAAGAUGCUGGCGAUGGAAACUUUUUUGUUGAGGGCUUAGUGCCAAUUAAAUCCGGCUGCAGAGGCCUAGCUGCCAUCACCUGUUCCCAUCAGCGUGCCGUGGAUUACUUUACGGAAUCCGUGUAUCCCACCAACGAGCGCAACUUUAGAGGAAAUCACUGUACUACGCGAUUGAGUCUAUGGGGAGGCAGAACUUGCAGUAAUAUUAGAACGGCCGUCAUGGGCUAUGCGGCUGAUAAGAAGGGUCUCUUCUAUGUGGACGCUAACGAGGAAGAGCCCUAUGGCAAGAAUGUCAAACUGGAAACCUUUACGCCCACCGACAGCAUUUGUGGUGCAUGCAAUCCGGAAAACUAAUGGGGAUCAUCCAAUUGAAUGUACUUCAUCAAAUGUAUCAAUAUUAUAUCAGCUCUUGAGAGUGAACAUUAA